CCUCGCGCGCUUGGCCCCCGCGGCUUUCCGUCGCCGCGUCGCCCGGCGGCCUGUCGGGGCGACGCCGGGGUCAGUCCGCGGCCGGCCGGCGAAGAUGGACGCAGCCACUCUGACCUAUGAUACUCUCCGGUUUGCCGAGUUUGAGGAUUUCCCUGAGACCUCGGAGCCCGUUUGGAUCCUGGGUAGAAAAUACAGCAUUUUCACAGAGAAGGACGAGAUCCUGUCUGACGUGGCGUCCAGACUGUGGUUUACGUAUAGGAGAAACUUCCCAGCCAUUGGGGGAACCGGCCCCACCUCAGACACGGGCUGGGGCUGCAUGCUGCGGUGCGGACAGAUGAUCUUUGCCCAGGCUCUUGUGUGCCGACACUUAGGCCGAGAUUGGAGGUGGGCGCAGCGCAGGAGGCAGCCUGACAGCUACUUCAGCGUCCUCAGCGCCUUCCUGGACAGGAAGGACAGCUACUACUCCAUCCACCAGAUAGCUCAAAUGGGAGUUGGUGAAGGGAAGUCUAUAGGCCAGUGGUAUGGGCCGAACACCGUCGCCCAGGUCCUCAAGAAGCUUGCCGUAUUCGACACGUGGAGCUCCUUGGCGGUUCACAUAGCAAUGGACAACACUGUAGUGAUGGAGGAGAUCAGAAGAUUGUGCAGGGCUGGUCUUCCCUGUGCUGGGGCUGCUGCGCCCCCUGCGGAUUCUGAGCGGCACUGCAACGGCUUUCCUGCGGGGGCCGAGGCCGCCCCCCGGCCGUCGCCCUGGAGGCCGCUCGUGCUUCUGAUCCCCCUGCGCCUGGGGCUCACAGACAUCAACGAGGCCUACGUGGAGACGCUGAAGCACUGUUUCAUGAUGCCCCAGUCCCUGGGUGUCAUCGGAGGGAAGCCCAACAGUGCCCACUACUUCAUUGGCUACAUGGGUGAGGAGCUGAUCUACCUGGACCCCCACACGACGCAGCCUGCGGUGGAGCUGAGCGACGGCUGCUUCAUCCCAGACGAGAGCUUCCACUGCCAGCUCCCUCCCUGCAGGAUGGGCAUCGGGGAGCUCGACCCUUCCAUUGCCGUGGGGUUUUUCUGCAAGACCGAGGAGGACUUCAGCGACUGGUGCCAGCAAGUCAAGAAGCUGUCACUGCUCGGAGGUGCCCUGCCCAUGUUUGAGCUGGUGGAGCAGCAGCCUUCCCACCUGGCCUGUCCAGACGUCCUCAACCUGUCCCUCGAUUCUUCUGAUGUAGAGCGACUGGAAAGAUUCUUUGACUCAGAGGAUGAAGACUUUGAGAUCUUGUCGCUCUGAAAACCCUGGUUUGAGAUGGCCUCCGUGGCCCUCGCUGGGACAUUUUGAGAAUCCGGCCCUGCCUUGGGCGCUAGGUGCCACGGCAUUCCAUCCAUCCAGCCCACCCUGCCAAGUGCUGCGAGCCUGGGCUGCUCUGUCCAGAGGGCUGCCACUCCGCCCGGGGACGGGGACUGCGCUGUCCCGAGCCUUACUGCUUGGAGUCGCGCUUCUCAGCCCAGAACACACGCCGGGGCUCUCCCUCACAUGACGCCGCUAUAGAAGCCCAGUGCAGCAGGUCCGGGCCUCCAGAGUUCUCCACUUGACACUGCCAGCCGCGUGUCAGUGCAUGGGCUUUGGUCCUGCUUUUUCCUAGUGCCAGUGUCUGGUUUGUAUGGAAUUAAAGCCCUGUUUGAAGUUGCUCAACACAGACACGAAUUUCUGGGGCACUUCCCAGGCCAGAGUCUCGAGACGUACAGGUUGGCACGUACGGAGCAAUGGCCACUGUGGCCUCCUGCUGUCCUUGCUGGGCAGGGCAAGCUUCUGGCCUGGCUUCUGCCCGGUGUGGUUUACCAAGGGCUACCUCAAAGGGAGAGCGAGGGGGAAAGAAUUAUAGCAUGACUUCUCCCUGCUUUAGGGAGAAAAGUACUCGAGGCGCACGUGGAGAUCCAAAGACGAGGCCAGCAAGUGUGGAGGCCUGAGCCACUGGGCACCUUCCGGGGAUCCCUUCAGGGUGCAGCUGCAUUGAGAUGCACCGCCGCUGCUGUUUGCUUGUCGCCCAGCUUCCCCUCGGGGAGGGCAGAGCUGCUCUGCCUCUGACACUCAUGGUGGGGCGCGCGCUGCCACCUGAGCCCUCCUCUACACUCUGGCCCCUCUCAGAACUUCUCUCCUGGGUCACUGCAGUUUUAGGUGGUUUGGGCCCCAGGGGUAGAAAUCCUCGAGCAGCUCUGUGGUCCGCGGCAAUGGGGGGCAGCGGGGCUCCUGGAGUUGGCAGGAGAGCUUGCAGGCCCUCCUCGGCACCUGUGACCCGGCUUCCCAGGUGCUCAGGUCCCCCUCUCUAUCCAGGGGGCGUGAACAGGAGGCAGCCGGGAGGGGCGGGGAGAGGCACUGUCUGGAGACCCUCUCUUUAUUCUGCAGACAAGCUGGGCAGGAACUGCCCCCAGCUAGCCCUAGGUGCCCACCGAGUUAGCAGGGGCCACUCUGUCUGCCCAAGUGUUGAUGACAUAAUUUAUUUCCCCAUUCCUCCCUCUCUCCCACAGCUACAGGUGGGUUGGGGUAACAGGCAAGGCUGGGCCAAUGCCCACCCCUGUAGGGUCCUGCUUCCCAGGUCCGGUGGCCACCGUGCUGCUGUGGCCUGGGGUCUUGCGUCAGACGCUGCUGCCGGUGCCAGGAGCGGUCUGGUGGACUGCUACCACCAGAGGUCUCGUGGUUGAAAAUGCUUCCUGGAGAGGUUGUUCAUUCUCAGUAGUAUAGUUUGCGAUUCCUAAUGCAAAUAAUAAGUUUCAGUAGAAAACA